GAAGGGAAGCGAAGGGCAGGGAGGGCAGGAGAGGACGAGGAAGGGGAGAAAAGAGUAGAGGAGGAGGAGGAGGAGGAGGUCGAGCUGAAUGAGGAGACAGAAUCUCGAUCGGAAGGUAAGAGGUUAGUUGGUGGAGGAGGGGACGCGGCCGUGCACGGGAGCUGAAAGGAAUUGAUCUCGAUCACGUCCAAUUGGAUUGAUCGACGAGCAGUGAAAGACGCAGAGAGGGCGAAGGAGAGGGAGACUCGGAGAGAAGCGAUGGCGUGUGGGGUUUGGCCGAGGUUUGGUGUGAUGAUUGGUCGGAGUCGUUGUUGACCGGGCGUGUAAGGAAGGCAGGAAGCAAGCGAGCGAGCCAUGCAAGAGAAGGUGGACGCUGACUGGAUUGGAUUUGUUCUGUUUGUUGGUAGUCAAUUUGGGCAGAGUCAGGAGGACGAGGAGGAAGAGGAGGACUUGCGCAGAGAAUUUUGAUGAUCGAGAGAGCCGAGCCAUAGAGAGGGAGCGGGCGAGCGAGGGAGACCGUGUCUGAUGGUUGGGCGGACGAGAUGAUGGUCAAGAUAGUAUUACACGACAUCAGCAGGCUAGAUAUCAAGCACUUUGCAGAGAAACCCGAAUAGAAUUGCAGGUGGGCCAUUCUCGUUCUCAAACAAUGUGGAUUGGAUAGUGGAUCACCAGUGGCAGCUUCGAGCUUCUCGUCCUGCCUCAGAAUCUAAUGAGCUGGACAUAUGGCAUGAUAUGAAAGACGGGUGUACAGUUUCCGUCUGGGCAGGAGAUGGUCGCAUAUUGUCUAUGCGAAGCUUGAGGAUCUGCUUUGACGACACCGUUGUUCGAGAUCCAAGCCCCCGAAGUCUCAUUUGAUGUUUCGAACCGAGUAUAAGAUAUGGCUAGGCUAGACCUAAGAUCAUAUCUGGGUUGCGAGAGCUGAGCUUGCUCUAUUCAGCAUGUCCUGACUCCUGCUCUGCUGCUGCCUUCUCUCGUCUGCAUCCACGGUCAUUAAACAACGAAGAUUCUGUUUUCAGUACGAAAAGCACUUGUAGAGGUUUCACCUAAUACUUUAUAUGAAUUUGAACGUUUUUUAUAAUCAGAGACUCGCUCCAUAGCAUGUAAGUGACCGUGAAUGUCUAGGUCUGAGCAGAAUUUCGAACAGCAGGAAAAUGUUGACCGUGGGUAGAGUAGGCACAUAUAUCGCACAAGGUGUUUACACCUUUUCCGGGCCAUUCCAUCCAUUUGGGGGUGCAGUCGACAUUAUCGUGGUGCAACAGGAGGAUGGCACGUACAAGAGCUCACCAUGGUAUGUCAAAUUUGGCAAAUUUCAAGGGGUUCUUAAGCGCCGAGAGAAGAAGGUGAUUGUGGCAGUCAAUGAUGUCGAUGCUGAUUUCGAAAUGUAUCUGGAUCACAAGGGAGAAGCAUACUUCCUUAAGGACGACUUGAACUUGGAUGCUUUUCUCGAAAUUGAAGAUUCUGAAUCACAUUACCCUAACGAGGCUAGCUCGUCUCGUGUUGAAAAUUCUGCCGGAGUUCUGGGUAUCGAGGGUUGUAAAGACGACUACGGGCUGGUUACAAAGGCUGAUUUGGACAAGGAAGAAAGUGAGGAUGAGAGAGGAGACGACCUGGAGCUCAUGUUUGAAGGCAGAGAAGCUUCAAAACAGCUCAGAGAUGAACGAGCAGCAGCUGCCGUGCGUGAGCUAGCAAGUAAUAGUACCGAAGUUCAAGGGAAUAUCACUGAUGUCGUUGGCUUUCCCCAAGUUUUGGUGGGUAGGGAAGCCACCUGUACAGAUGAUUUGUUGUCUUUGGAUUCGGAGAACAGAUCUUAUGCAGACGCUUGUAGAAUGGAUAUAGAAACAGAAACAUGUGGAAAAGUAAUUCAUACUUUGGCUCAUCCAGAUGUAGAUUUAGAAAAUCUUCAAGGUCCACCGGACUCAAGCGCUUUCACUGCAAAUGCAGGGCUUGGGUCCCUAAAUGGUGCUUCACAAACAGAGCUUGUGACCUUGACAGCGGAAACGAGUGGAGAAUUCCAGGCGUUGGUGUAUCCAGCUGUAGAUACGGAAGCUCCUCAAGGUCCACCAGAUUCCAGCGCUUUCACUUCAUUUGAAGCGCUUGGGUCUCCGACCGGUGCGUCACUUACAGAGGUUGGGACCCCGGAAACGAAAGCGAGUGGAGAAGUCCAGAAUCUGGUGAAUCCAGCUGUAGAUUUAGAUUCCUCUCAAGGUCCAUCGGAAGCUAGCGCUUUCAUUGCAAAUGCAGCUCUAGGGUCCCUCACCGGUGCUUCUUUAACAAAGAUUGGGACUUUGGAUAAAACCGAAGAUCCAGGUAGGAAAAUUGUAAGCGACAGUGGAAGAGUUAUUCAUGGCUUGCUGAAUAAAGCUGUUGGUCUCCAAGCGGAUGCGAUUUCCGGGCCAUCUUCUGCUCUCUUGGCUAGUGCAACUCUGAAAUCUUUGAAAAGAGUUGUGUCUCCAAAGACAGCGACCACAGAAGAUAGACCGGUGUCAGAUUGGGAAUCAACUCUUGCGGGAAAGGUUGUUCAUCGGUUGCUAAAUAGAGCCAUAGGUCUUCCAGAAACCGCAAGGUCAGGGCCAGCAAGUGCUCUUGUUGCUAAAGCAGUUCUCAAUUCUUUGUCUAGAGUAGUUUCGGAUAACGAUUCAACACCUGCGAGAACCCCAAGUUGUGCCGAAUCUAAGCUUGUGGAGCUGUCGGAAGAUGGUGUUACUGCAGAGAACGAGGUCACGAAUGCAGUUCCAAGUAGUGAAGAGGCAAGCUCGUCGUCUGCUGAAACUGCUGAGGUUUCAGGGAAUAUUCCCGUUUCUGCAGAAAUUGCUGCAGAUGACAAGCUCGUAGUUGUGGUUGGUGGACGCCUGUACCCUUGGACAGUUGCAGCACCUGAAGUUCUUGGAAUUCUGGCCAUCGGUCAGGUACGGGUUGCCCCUCCUGCAGAAGGAUCUAUUACAGGGGAAGAGCCUGGUGUGGCCGCCGAUGGAAAGCCGGCUGCCGGAACUUUGACCGCUACAACGAGCGGCGGAUGGAAGUUCGGUAUCUGGCCAUUCACUCGAACCACGAAGCCAAUUGAGCAAGUGAGCGCUGCCACCUUGCUUCCAAGGAACAGCGAGGCCUUGAUGCUUGCUACUGAUGCUGCAAUCAGUAGCUGCUUAACAAAAGAGAUCAUGCUGCGGAAUGGCUUUUAUAGAAAGCCACGAAAAGUGAGAACCAAUAGCCCAAGCUCUCAGCAGCUGGCGUCAUUAGGUCUCAAGGAGGGAAGUAACAAAAUAACUUUCACCUUUGUCACGCGGGUUCUUGGUAAACAGCAGGUUGACGCCCGGAUUUAUCUAUGGAAGUGGAAUACGCGCAUUGUAAUCUCCGAUGUGGACGGAACUAUAACAAAGUCAGAUGUUUUAGGUCAGGUUAUGCCUUUGGUUGGUAGAGACUGGACACAAUCUGGGGUUGCUAGACUCUUUUCUGCUAUCAAGAAAAAUGGGUACGAGCUGAUGUUUCUAAGUGCACGUGCAAUCUCUCAAGCAUACCUCACCAGGCAGUUUCUCGAGAAUAUCAGACAGGAUGGAGAAGUACUACCUGAUGGGCCUGUAGUCAUAUCUCCAGAUGGGUUGUUUCCCUCCCUAUAUCGAGAAGUUAUUCGAAGGGCUCCACACGAAUUCAAAAUAGCUUGCUUAGAGGAUAUAAAGUCUUUAUUUCCUCCAGAGAGCAAGCCAUUUUAUGCAGGGUUUGGAAAUCGUGAUACCGACGAGUUGAGCUACCUAAAAGUUGGAAUCUCGAAGGGAAAGAUUUUUAUUAUCAAUCCUAAGGGAGAAGUAUCGGUGAAUAAUCAGGUUGAUGUCAAGUCUUACACCUCUAUCCACAAACUUGUUGAUGACAUGUUUCCAGCAAUGACGUUCACCGAGCAGGAGGACUUCAAUGAAUGGAAUUUCUGGAAGCUACCCCUUCCAGAUAUCGAUGAUGAAGAAAGUGUCAAGAGUGAUGUCCCCAGUGUUGUCCCCAGCGGCCGUAACUUUUUCGUCAUCUACAACCAGAAUUGGUUUGAAGGACAUAGGUAGGUCUCUCUUAGGAUGACAAAUUGUCCAGGGUUUAGAAUGGAUGUCAUUACGAAGUAACUGGCAAACCUAAGCCCUUCUCCUCGGCGUUCUACAUGACAACUGUUAGUAAGACUGUGCUUAAAUGCCUGAUUCCGAUGCCUCUAGCAGACACUUGUAGCGAACCUUCAGAAGCAACAUCUCAACUACGACGAGGAAAUAGGGAGGGUGCAAAUGUUGACAAAAUCGUGUACUUUAUAGGUGUAAUAUACAUGUUUAUUGACGUACAAGAAACUCAACAGAAUCGGGCAGAUAUUAGCAACCCAGAAAUAGGGAUGCCCAACAUGGACACCAAAUAUGAUCACAGGAAGCUUCCAAAUUGAAGUAGUAGACUACGUGUGGUUCCUUUGGUUGUAAAAUCUGGAGUUUUUAUCGGCUUAGGGUGCCUGCGGGAUGUGAGAAUCAAACUUGUUAGCUGAGGUUGCUCCACCUCUGCGGAGUGGAACCAGCGCUGGGCGUUCCAGACUUGGUUUGCCAAACUUUUUGAAGGAGCAAUUUAGUUCAUGGGGUUGGAGAUGAAUGUAGUCUUCUCUCUUUCCAGGCACUUUAGUGAACAUCUAUUGGAGCAUAAACGAGUCGGUGGAGACUUGAAGUUCCCGCUUUGUGGUUAUUAUGCUGCUAUUUAUAAUCAAGCUUUGUUUGUGUCUGCAGUACUGGUAGCUCAAGUUCAAGAAGAAGUAGCAAAGGUGACCGACAGUCAUGAAGCCAAGAUAACAAAGUGCACACUAGACACCCAUUAGGGAUACCAGCUGACGGUGUCUAGUGAAUGUUUGACGAGGUCAAUAGAAGGCAUGAUAAAUUGAAAUGCCCCAGGCUGUGUUACUGUACAGUAUAGUCGACCACUUUUGUUUGUGGUCCGGGACUUGUAGAAAGUGUAGAGUAUGAAUCAUUAUUCGAUCAUAUUAUUUGGAUAGGAGGUUUUAUAAGCAAGAAAACUAGUCAUUGCUCAAAGAUAUGGUUGCAGAUUUACCUGGACAGGCACGGAAAGGGGGUUCGAAUAGCAAAGUACUGCCCUUCUAUUUUUUCCUUCGAUAUUUUAAAAUCGGGAUCAGUUGGUGGAGAGUAGGAAGCAUUUUAACCAUAACGAGUCAGUCUUGCCCAUUAUUUACAUUGGAUGGAACGCGUAUGUUGGCGUGUAUUUUUUUGAUCGUUGGAACACCUC